GAUGUAGCGACAUUGGAAAAUAUGCAAUGACAGGUUCCCAAACAAGGAAGUGUAUCGGAGGAUCUUGGGACGGAGUGAAACCGACUUGCUUUGGAUUGAACCAAGAAAAUGACUACGCUAUGGAGAAACCUCCAACGAUAUUGUUCCGGCACUCUCAGGGCCCUAUCGCACAGACUAACGACGGCAAACUGCUGAUUUACCCAGGAACUGUGCUGCACAUGGAGUGUUUGUGGAUGAGGAGGUUCGGAAACCCCAAGUGGAACGUCACGCAUUACAUACCCGAUCCUGAACGUAAAUACCAAGAAGGCUGGACGACGGACCCUGGGAGGGACAGCCAGCUGGAGUACCGGCUUAGUAUCCUGGGCGCGGUGAAGGAGGACUCCGGCAUCUACCGCUGUGAGACACCAGCUAGACAGAGCCAUCAAGUGGAGAUCAUCGUUGAAGCCAGUGGUGCUGGCACUCGUCUCGGCACUGAGAUCAGAUUCUCGUGUGCGAAUGGCAACGCGCUGCUCGGCGCACACCUUCUCACUUGCCGCGCCUCCGGCAACUGGAGUGCACCCUUACCUGUUUGUGAAA